GAUGCACACGAGGAUGGAGGAAGCCUAUACAAAAUUCACUACUAGAACUGCUAUAGCUAACUCUUCUUCUCAGUCACGGAACGUGUUGUCUAGGAAAUGCGUUCCAGUCGGUAAAAUAAUAGAAGGACCUGAUGGUCAAAAGGGUGUUGUGUGUAUGCUGUCUGAUUUUAGACACAGGUAAAAUGACCAGUUAUAUGUCAGUGUUUCAGACAAACGGUAUAGUUACACAUUAAUGGAUUAAGUCGGGUACCGAUUCCAGAAUUUUAAAACAGGGUGACUUUUUAACCGAGCCACUUAAAAAGCCGCUCAGAAUUUAUAUGGUGUUUGGUGUAUGUUGGACGAGCCCACUAUUGCAGAAUGUUCAUCCCAAGAUCACUUAAAGUAAUUAAAAGACCUACGGAAAACAACGAACUUAAUAGUAGCAAAAAAAGCAAACUGCUUCCUGUCUGUGUUGAGGAUCCCGAUAAUUGUGGCGAAGUGAGACAUGCAUCUCCUAAAGACACUGAACAUGGCAGCGACUUAGUUAAAACUUUUCCUACUGAAAAUCCUUCGAGUAGCUGGUCAUCUGUUAUUAGCAGCGGGCAGACGUGUGCCGAGGCGGAAAUCGAAGAUAUUGCAGAAGAAGAACCUGUCAAAUCUUUUAGCAAGAGCCAGCGCUGGCCAGAAGCUGGGGAACCUGUCUGCGUUGUGUGCGGGCGUUAUGGAGAAUACAUAUGUGAUGAUACUGAUAAUGAUGUGUGCAGUUUGGAGUGUAAAGCUAAGCAUCUCUUUUCUGCAAAAGGUCAAAUAGUCUUAGCUCCUGAUAUUUCUGUGGCAUCUUCCGCGGAUGUAGUUGAAGGUGCUCAAUCUUGCUUUCCUGAAAAUAAUAGCGACAUAUCUGGUUAUAGCGAGCACCCAUUUAUUUCAGAUCUGUCAAAUGAGCAGGUUGACAAUCUUAAAUUGCAGCUGGGCAUUGUUGUUGAUGGUACGAAGUUGGUCAGACCCAUAAUAGAGUUUGAGCACUGUGGCUUCCCUGAAAUCAUAAAUACGAAUUUAAAGAAAUCUAGUUAUGACGUCCCAACCCCCAUCCAAAUGCAGAUGAUUCCACUUGGAAUAAUGGGAAGGGAUAUUGUGGCUAGUGCUGACACAGGCUCUGGAAAAACGGCUGCUUUCCUUCUUCCUGUCAUCAUGAAAGCUUUGAAAGGGAAAGAAGCACCAGCAGCACUUAUUUUGACACCAACAAGAGAGCUUGCUAUUCAGAUUGAGAAGCAGGCUAAGGAGUUAAUGCUUGGUGUUCCAAAUAUGAGGACAGCUCUUUUGGUUGGAGGGAUGCCGCUACCACCUCAGCUUCAUCGUCUGCAGCAGAGUAUUAAGGUUCUUAUAGCUACUCCAGGUAGACUUCUGGAAAUAAUGAAGCAAGAUGCAGUAAAUCUACAGGGGAUACAAAUGUUGGUUCUAGAUGAAGCAGAUACCAUGUUAAAGAUGGGCUUUCAGCAGCAGGUGUUAGAUAUAGUUGAAAAAACACCUGAAGAUGCUCAAAAGAUGCUAGUAUCAGCCACAAUUCCCACUGGCAUUGAGCAGUUGGCUAAACAGCUUUUACAUGAUCCUGUGCGGAUUUCAGUGGGAGAGAGGAAUGUGCCCUGUUCUGAUGUCCGUCAAAUAAUUCUUUGGGUUGAAGAACCUUCAAAAAAGAAGAAAUUAUUUGAAAUUUUAAAUGACAACAAGCUAUUUCAUCCUCCGGUGUUGGUGUUUGUGGGUUGUAAACUUGGAGCAGAUCUUCUUAGUGAGGCAGCUGAAAAGAUCACUGGCCUUAAAGCUGUGUCAAUUCACUCAGAUAAACCACAGUACGAAAGGAAUAGGAUACUGCAGGGACUGCUUCAAGGAGAAUAUGAAGUAGUAGUCAGCACAGGAGUACUUGGAAGGGGGCUGGACUUGAUGAAUGUGAAACUGGUUGUAAAUUUUGACAUGCCAUGCACUAUGGAUGAAUAUGUGCAUCAGGUGGGACGAUCUGGAAGGCUGGGUCACAGAGGGACUGCAAUAACAUUUAUCAAUAAUAACAACAAAAAGCAUUUCUUGGACCUUGUGAACAGAGUAAAACCAACAGGUUCUCUGCUGCCAUCACAAUUGCUUAAUUCUCCAUACCUUUAUGAACAGCAAAAGAAAGUGCAAAAAAAAGGGAAAAACAAUCCUGUAGUUACAGGGGACAAUCUUCUGAACAUUAUCAGAAAACAUGACCAAAGACUAUUUCAGAAACGAUGAGUGAAUUGUUUAUUGCAUAUGAAAUAUUUACAGUAACAGAUUUUUGAAGUUAAAUAUUUGAAAACAUGUAAAUACUAUGAGUUUUGUAAAAAGUAUGUUUUGUUUUCAUAACUUUAAAUAGGAUAGACUAGCAACAUCAUGAGACUUAUAAAAAGAGAAUAAACUUUUUUCCUUGGGUUGUCUGUUUAUUACACCUGUCUUAUAAAUACCACAUGACAUUUGUUGAUCAUAUAGUGUUGCAUGUGCUGGUGUCCAUUAUGAGCUCACAUAACUGUUAACUGCUUUUUUCUCAAAAAUUGUUCUGUUUUAGAAGAUGAUGCAAUAUUGUGUUUUUUGCCCAUCAAGUGUCAGUGUUGUAGUUUACGUGCAUGGAUUUUUUAAUGUAUUUUUAACUUUGUUAUAUAGCCAGAGCAUUUUAUGCAGCCUGGACUGUAGUGGAAAGCAUCCAUUUAUGUGCACUGUCCUUGUAUGAAACUGAACGGGUCUAAAAAUAUAUUCUGUAAGUAUGGUAACACAUUACCUGAAGGUAAAAAUGAUAGUACACUGAAAUAACUGCAUCAUUUGGGAAUAAUUAAUAUAUAACAAUACUUAAUUUCCAUUAAAUCAUAAGGCUAGGGUACUCAGUCUUCACUUAGUUUUAAGCUUAAGCCAUUGAUUAUGUAUUACAUGUAUAAACCUGCAUGAUAGUAGAAUGUCUCCCUCAGCAAAACUCAUUACUUCAUUUACAUUGAUUCUGAAAACAUAGCUGCCUUGUCAGAUAAAUCUUUUUAUGUGUAGACUUGCUGCAUUAUAUCUGAAGACAAUUCGGACUAUACACACUUUCAAAUGCUCUUGUAUUUUGUGGAUUUCUUCACAUCUGUGAAGGCUAAAUAUUUCUGUGCUUUUCUGAUUCAUUGUUUCACUUUGUACUGCAGUCAGUUUUUAAAUGUUACUGGUUUCUUCAUUUUCUUAAUUUCAGUCUUGUACCCAUUUCUGAUGGUUGGCACUACUUGCCACUAAAUGUGAAGACACUGGCACUAGAGGAGGUUUGAAUCCCACUUGUAUACCUUAUAUAUCAGAAACGGGAAUUAAAGAUUCUUGAUUCUACUUCACCUCAGCAGGUUGGUUUGCUGGCCACCAGAGGGAUGGUUUCUCGAGUCACACCACUGAUAUCCAAUAGAUUAAAGUUAAAAAAAAAAAAAAAAAAAAAAA